GGCGGUGACGUCACGCCGUGUCUGCGAGCGCAGGCAUUAGUAAUGGCGGCCGGUAUCUCGGCGGAGCGCAGCGGAGAAAGAGGCUGACCGGCCAGGGAUACCGGAGCAGCGGCCGGGGGACAGGAAAGACUCGUCACGUACGGAGAAGCAAUAGGAGCUUUUGUUAAGAGCCGGCGUCAAGGCCCAGGUGUCAGGACAGGAGGCCCCGGGUGACCCGUGUAGAGAAAACUCCCGGUGGGCGACAUGGGGAACUGCUUAAAGUCACCGACAUCGGACGAUAUCUCUCUGCUGCACGAAUCGCAGUCUGAUCGGGCGAGUUAUGGGGAUGGCAAUGAGGGGGAUCAGGAGCCGCCGCCCCCGUACCAGGAGCAGGCUCCGGUACCCGUAUAUCACCCAACGCCAAGCCAGACUCGUCUCGCUACUCAACUGACAGAAGAGGAGCAGAUCAGAAUAGCGCAACGAAUAGGUCUCAUUCAGCACCUACCUAAGGGAGUGUAUGAUCCAGGGAGAGAUGGAUCAGAGAAGAAGAUAAGAGAGUGCGUGAUCUGUAUGAUGGACUUUGUGUAUGGCGACCCCAUACGAUUCCUGCCCUGCAUGCACAUUUACCACAUGGACUGUAUAGACGACUGGUUAAUGCGUUCCUUCACUUGCCCUUCCUGCAUGGAGCCGGUCGAUGCAGCACUGCUUUCCUCUUAUGAGACUAACUGAGCCUCCCCUGGACAUCGCAGACAAGACACGGCUGCUGGGGGUUCAGCCUGUUUAAGCCCCCCCCCCCAAGAUCCACACCAUAGGGAUUAGGAGAAUGCACACACAUUCUAGAAGCCACAUAUCUGCUGGCCUACACAGAAUAUAUACCUUGGAGCGAAUCCUCUAUUUCCCUCAGACUUCACCGUCAGAUUGAAGCAGCAGCUUUGGCCGUACAGAUAAAUGAUCGCUUCCUCUUGGAUCCCAUGCACAAGAAACGAUGCCCUAAAUGUUCCCGUCGCUGGACACAAGGCCGGACCAGAGCCGUGGAUGCUGAUCAUGGUUUUCUUUCCUGCCUUUGACUUUCAACAAAUCCUCGGCAUCUUCUGCUCCCCUCCUCCUGUAUAAGCCUGUUCUAUUGUCCCCAGUGAAUUUGUGGAGGUUUUUGUCUAUCAGUGUAUGGAGUGCAACCUUGUUCUGGACAUCAGGCCCGGAAAGGCGUCGCCCACCCAGAACUGAUGUCUUCUCGUUUUUCCAACUUGGACGUUCAGAAGAGGAGCUGCUCAUCCACCCAGUUUCAUCUGAACAUCUUUUUUUUCCAACCAAUAGGGGGCGUUUAACCCAUGGUAGAUACAUCUUCUCCACACAUAGCGGUGGGUCAGGGUGGGAAUAAAACCUCAUGCAGACAAACUGCGGCCAUCGGGGGGGUAGGGCUUAGGGCACCUCCAUGCCAAAUAGGUCUGGAGGAGAAAGAACUGGCACUAAACUAGUUUUAAAACCCUUUGUCGUCCCCCCCCAGAGUUGUCCAUGCCGAACUUCUGGAUCCUCCUAGAACGGAGGAAAUAUUUGCACCUUUUAUUAUUAUAUUAUUAUUAUAAUUAUUAUAUUUCUUUCCAUUGGAAAUGGAAUUCCAUGGCCUUGGGUCUCUAUAAAGUGAAGUUUUUGUUUUUGCAGGACAGGCUCCUCACCGGCGCGUACCUACAGUCGUGCGUCGCUCGAUCCAUUAACUAGACAUCGACUGAUUUUUAUUAUUCUUUUUUUAUUUUUUUGUCAAUCCAUGUAGGACACCCGUCGCAUAUUCGUACGGUUUAUUUUUAUUAACCCUUUCCCUGUCAGAGGGGACCCCAGCCGCGCGCAGACUUGGGCAGCCGCUGACUCUGGAGGGACUGACCUUCAUUUGUGUUACGUUUAUGUUCCUGUAAUCACUACGGUAUAUGUUUUUUUUCUUUUUUUUUUUUUGUCUAAAAUCAAGCUGUCUUUUCAUCAGCCUUUCACAGUGGUGUUGCUAGCUCAGCAUCAGAUUAAAGCUGUGUAUAACGAAAAAGGUUUAAAAACCCGGACUUGGCUCUGCUUCAAAAAACGCCUAAUACCCAGCACUGAAUAGUCCCUGUUCUCAGCAUUUCGGCUCUCAAAAUCUGCAACUCGUGCUGAUGCGUCUGUUACAGUCCAGUCCUGUCCGGUCAAUAAGAUGCCUUGUUUCGAUGUGACAUUUUUACAGUGAGCUGAGGUCAUCUUGCUGCCUGGUGGGCUCCGCAGCUGUCAGAACUAUAAACCGUGGCUGGAUCACUAGUAAUGAUAUAUCACCCGUAGGACUGAUGGCUCUUUGUUCCAUAUAGGAGAAUAAAACCUAUAAACUGCACGUGUGUAGCAAGGGUCUUCCAGAGUGUAUCUAACGGGUGAUGAUGGCUGCCAUUUUGCAUUUUACAUUUUUUUUCUGAUUAUUGGCCCUUACCUGCUAUCGAUGUUUGCUAUACCCGCUGUACAGACAUCUUGGAAAUCAAUGGGAACGUUGGCUGGAUGAAGAAGUUAGCCAAGGCUAAAACCAGCUUGUCAAAGGGGGUUUCUGGGAUUUCCAGCUGAUGACCUAUUUAUGUGACUGGGGUCCCCCGUUGAUUAAAGUCCACUCACACUAGUGGUGGAUAGUUGAGGUUCCUCAGUAAUCAGACCCCCGCCGAUCAUACAUUGAUGCCCCCCCCCUAAAUGAUGAAACAUCUUUAAAGUGGAUUUUAAUAUGGAAGACUUAUCCUUAGGUUAUGCUAUUGAAUGGAGAUCAACGGGGAUCUUAUUUGAGGCGCCCACAGAUAACUGCCAGGCCCCGUUGACUAUAAUGGGAUCCAUCCCGUUUCUGGCAUUAGUGUCUAGAUUCGGCUGGGCAGCGGCUUUUGCCCCGCCAGAUCCCAUAAUAGUCAGAGGUCUCUGGCGGGGAAAAACAGUAUCUGAGUAUGCCAGAAACAAU